GAGAGCAAUCAUGACACUGACGUUUGCUGGCUUCCUGCUCUCUGUGGUGCUCCUCCUUCAGGAGCAAGGAGUUCGCGGGUUCCCUCCUCAGCUCAGAGGUGCCCAUUGCAGGACAAGGCCUACGGACCUGGUGUUUAUCAUAGACAGCUCUCGGAGUGUGCGUCCCAAUGAAUUUGAGCAAGUCAAGGUUUUCCUGUCCCAGGUCAUCGAGUCACUGGACGUGGGACCAAAUGCUACCCGGGUUGGCGUCAUCAAUUAUGCCAGUGCGGUCAAGAAUGAAGUGUCCCUCAAGACUCACCGUACCAAGGCCGGCCUACUGCAAGCUGUUCGCCGGGUUGAGCCCCUCUCCACUGGGACCAUGACGGGCCUAGCCAUCCAGUUUGCAAUCAACAGGGGCUUCAGUGAGGGUGAAGGAGCUAGAGUGCGGUCGCCAGAUAUUAACAAGGUGGCCAUCAUCGUGACAGAUGGGCGCCCUCAGGAUGGUGUGAAGGACGUGUCAGCAAGAGCAAGGGCUCUUGGGAUUGAAAUCUUCGCCAUUGGCGUGGGCCGUGUGGACAUGCACACCUUGAGGCAGAUGGCCAGUGAACCUCUGGAUGACCACGUGGAUUAUGUGGAGAGCUACAGCGUCAUCGAAAAGUUGACCAAGAAGUUCCAAGAAGCUUUCUGUGCUGUGUCAGACCUCUGCGCCACUGGAGACCACGACUGUCAGCAGAUGUGUGUCAGUACAGGCGCAUCGUACACAUGUGCAUGUAGAGAGGGGUUUACACUUAACAGUGAUGGGAAAACCUGCAAUGCUUGCAGUGGUGGGGCGGCCACGGAUCUUGUCUUCCUGAUUGAUGGAUCCAAGAGUGUGAGGCCGGAGAACUUUGAGCUAGUGAAGAAAUUCAUCAACCAGAUCGUGGAUUCUCUAGAUGUGUCAGACAAAAAUGCACAUGUGGGCCUAGUCCAAUACUCCAGUUCAGUCAGACAGGAAUUCCCACUGGGGCAAUUCAAGAGCAAGAAGGAUAUCAAAGCAGCCGUGAGAAAGAUGGCCUACAUGGAGAAAGGCACCAUGACCGGUCAAGCUUUGAAGUACCUCGUUGACAAUUCUUUCGCCAUCUCCAGUGGGGCAAGGCCUGGUGUCCCCAAGGUAGCAAUUGUAUUUACAGAUGGCCGGUCACAAGAUUACAUCAACGAUGCUGCCAAGAAAGCCAAAGAACUAGGCUACAAGAUGUUUGCUGUUGGAGUGGGCAAUGCUGUUGAAGAUGAGCUGAAAGAAAUUGCCUCCGAGCCCGUAAUGGAGCACUACUUCUACACGGCCGAUUUCAGAACCAUCAACCAAAUUGGAAAGAAACUGCAGAGUAAAAUCUGUGUCGAAGAAGAUCCAUGUGAAUGUGAAACCAUUGUGAAGUUCCAGACGAAGGUGGAUAACCUUAUAAAGGCACUGACACGGAAGCUGGAAGCUGUGACGAAAAAGCUUAUUGCUCUGGAAAACAGAAUCACCGUUUAAAAAACAGGCCCUCUCCCUGCCUCUCCUUCCUAACAUAAAAUAAACACACCCAGAAGACUUUUACUGAUAUGAAUGGGCAGCUCGUCUGCAGUUCCACAACAGGCUUUAUAUCUAUUUUAAUGAAAUGACUAUUCUACCUGCCUUCCUUCUGAGAGGAAAAGAACACACACACUUAACAGUAGAGUAUAUGUCAUGAUAAAGCACAGUAAAUCCUUGUGUACCAAACUAUGUUAAACUUU